GACAAUGCUAGGGCAGGGGUCCCCUAGCCAGAGGGCAGGGCAGAGCAGCAUGGGCCGUGGACCCAGUGUUAACCAGUCCUGCCAUGGGAAACAACAGUUCCCACAAAAGGACCAAAGUGCCCAAGCAGGUUGGCAAGAAGAGGCCACCCGAUGUGGACAAGGCCCUGGGGAAACAGCAGUUCUUCAGCCACUUCAGGCAGAAGCCAGGCACCAAGAUCGUGCUGCUUUUCUCCACGGACGAGCGGCAGCAGCUAGCGGAGGCGGCGGUGGGCCCGGUCGCAUGGCCCGGGCAGCCGAGCGAGGAGUCGGUGGGCGUCCUGGUGGGCUCCCUGGCGGCGGCGCCCCCCAGGAUGCGCGGAGCAGGCGACGGCGCCCAGUGGCACGAGGGCGCGCGUGCGGGAGCCCGAGAUGAUCCCGGCCGCCGACGCGCGGCGGAAGGAGGCGGGGCUCCGCGCAGCGGGCGGGGCCGGGGGCGGGGCCGGGGACUCGGCCAGGGCCGCGCGGGGCAGGCAGUGGCUCCGCGCAGCGCCUGGUGAUCAACAGCGUUUCCGACCCCAUCCAGGAGCAUCCGUGCCAGCGGCCCCGAGCACCUGGUCCGGCACCCUGGCCCCACGACCCCCGGCCCCGACCCAAUAAAGAGCGCAUAGCAACCCUG